AUGUCUAUACGUCAUACUCUGACUGGUUUGGUCCUUUACCUUCUUUUUCAGAUUGCUUCUUCCUCAAGUCAUGCCAGUAAUACUUUGCUCCCUUCCGAAUCCUUGCGGCUAUCAAGCAACAGUACGCUUGCGUCUCCCGGGGAUGUCUUCGAGCUUGGUUUUUUCAGUAGUGGUAAUCGUUGGUAUAUCGGGAUUUGGUACAAGAAGGUCUCUGUGCGAACCUACGUUUGGGUUGCUAAUAGAGACAACCCUCUCUUGGAUUCCAAUGGAACCUUUGGAAUCUCUGCUACUAACCUUGUGAUCCGGGAUCAAGUUAAUAGACUCAUCUGGUCAACGGAAUUAAGAAUCCAGAGAUCUCUGGUGGCGGCAGAGCUUCUCGAUAACGGAAAUUUUGUGCUGAGAUCCAACGAUCUUGAUGAAGAUGAGUUCUUGUGGCAGAGUUUCCAUUUCCCAACAGAUACUCUAAUCCCUCAGAUGCAACUCGGGUUGGAUCCCAAGAGAUUUCUAACAUCCUGGAAAAUCAAAGAUGAUGAUCCGUCAAGCGGAGACUACACAUUCAGAUUCCAAACCCAAGUUUCCCCUGAGCUUUUCGGCUCCUAUUAA